GUCGUCGCGCUUGGGUGACGUCGCAGCGGGCGGCGGGCAGGUGGAGCUGGCGGCGGCGGGAAGAUGGCGGAGUACUUGGCGUCCAUCUUCGGCACCGAGAAAGACAAAGUCAACUGCUCCUUCUAUUUCAAAAUCGGAGCGUGUCGCCAUGGAGACAGAUGCUCUCGCUUGCACAAUAAGCCGACCUUCAGCCAGACCAUUGCCCUCUUGAACAUUUACCGUAACCCUCAAAACUCUUCCCAGUCUGCUGACGGUUUGCGCUGUGCCGUGAGCGAUGUGGAGAUGCAGGAGCACUACGACGAGUUCUUCGAGGAGGUAUUCACAGAGAUGGAGGAGAAGUAUGGCGAGGUGGAGGAGAUGAACGUGUGUGACAACCUCGGCGACCACCUUGUGGGGAACGUCUAUGUCAAGUUUCGCCGGGAGGAGGACGCCGAGAAGGCCGUGAUCGACCUCAACAACCGCUGGUUCAACGGGCAGCCCAUCCACGCUGAGCUAUCACCCGUGACCGACUUCCGGGAAGCCUGCUGCCGCCAAUAUGAGAUGGGCGAGUGUACCCGGGGCGGCUUCUGCAACUUCAUGCACCUGAAGCCCAUCUCCAGGGAGCUGCGGCGAGAGCUGUACGGGCGCCGUCGCAAGAAGCACCGCUCCAGGUCCCGUUCUCGGGAACGUCGCUCGAGGUCCAGAGACCGCGGACGUGGUGGUGGCGGCGGUGGCGGCGGUGGUGGUCGGGAGCGUGACCGGAGGCGCUCGAGAGACCGGGAGCGUUCGGGACGCUUCUGAGCCGAAGCCUUUUUACGGGUCUGCUAGCAAGGGGCAUAGUCAAUUGGUCACAGGUUCAUAACGGGCAUUUUUUUAAAAAACAACAAAAAAAAAACAAAAGAUGGGUUUCUGAAUAAAAUUUGUAGUGACACUCG